AUGUUAGGAGAGCAGAUUCGUCAAGGAUUCAGUCCCCUAUUAGCUGUUCUAACAUCUGAUGCUGUGGAACGUAUCGCUAUUAAGAAUAAUCUUAGCUUUACCGACUUACUUUUGCCAUUUGCAACUGUCAAUUGCACAGUAAAGGAUCCGUCAGGCUCCUCGGUAACAUCGCGUAUAUUCUUUGAUUUUCGAGAUCUUCGGCGAGAUGGAUUCCUUCUAAGUUUAACUGUUCUACCUUCUGUAUUACAUGAAGCUACAUCAUCGGUUGCAUCCACAUCAGAUUCCGAUCCUGGAUUUGCUUCCAUUGCUUUCAGUGAAACUUUGCUGAAAUGGUCCGAGCCGGCAGAGCACGAAUUCCUUCGAACUUACCUUGGUUGCUUAUUUGUCGUUUCUACCGAUGAUGAGGAUCCAGUAGAAGAAUUAUCGAAAUUGAUUAAUAUUCAGCAUCAGCAACAGUGUGGACAGAAUGCCUUUGCUAUUGGGCCGGCGUACUGUGCAAUGCCCAGAUGGAUGCUUCCAAAUAUUUUCAAAUAUUUCUUAAUUCUAGACGACGAAUCGUCAGGAAAUGGAUCGUCGAGGUCGUCUUCAGUGUUUUCAGCAAUUACUACGCAGUUCGGUAUUCAGAAUUGUUACUUGCUCAAAAUGAAUUCAAAAUAUGAUGAUGAAUUAACGGAUCCGUGGCGUGCACAUUUGGAAUCGAAAUAUCGUGGAUUGAAAAAAGGAUUACAACUUGCUAAAUAUAAAGUUCUUUCAAAAACAGUGGGAUUAACUGAUGGCUUGAUCUCAUCAAAUGAUUCAUCUGUAACAGAGCAGAAUAAUGAUAGCUUUGCCAGUUUUGACUCUGUUUCCAAUGGACUUCAUGGACAGUAUCUCAGCUAUGAUGAUCGUGAAAGUGUUACAAAAAUGAUGGAAUAUAUGAUUCACAAUGCUCUAUUACCAUGGGUAGAGCGGCAAAUGCGCACUCUUAAUGAACAGGCCAUUGCGCGUCGAGGAAUAAGUAAAUCGUUAACUACCGGGGUACGGAAGUGGUUUGGAACAGCAGCAACUCAACAGGCUACAUCAAUAACUUAUGCACGAGAUAGUGGCGAAAUGCAAGUUAGACUACUAGCCGAUCUUUGUUUUAUUUUUGGGCUUUACUCUUAUGCAUAUCAACUUUACCAGACGGUUAGGAAAGAAUUUGCUGUGGAUCAGGCUUGGCUGUACAAUGCUGGAGCACUUGAAAUGGCAGCAUUAAGUUUAUUUUUAAGUACAUCUCAUAUUACUGCGAAGCAAUAUCCACAACAUUACAUGGACGAUGCGAUCAACUUUUAUACAACAGUUAGCCUAAAACCAGUCUUAACAAUGCGAGCUGCUAUUUUAAGUGCAUUAAUACUCUCAACAAUGGAAUUAUAUGUCGAAGCAUGCACUCAACUUCUGAAACUAACGAAUUCGGAUGAUGACUUAUUCAGUGGUGUUUUGCUGGAAAGGGCGAGUGUUUAUUUCGGAAAUGCCAAGAUGCGUCGAAAAAUGGCUUUCCAUUACGUAUUAGCUGGACAUCGGAUGUCUAAGGCUGGUCAGAAACAAUUAUCCAUGGAAUGCUAUAAACGUGCUCUUCCUGAGUAUCUUUCCAAACGUUGGGUUUUUGCAGAAGAUCAUAUUCUUUAUACAUUAGCUAAUGAAAGUGAUCAGAAAGAAGAAGCCUUGUCGUGGUGCUUUCCUUUGAUAAAAUCUCAAUCAGUGCAACACCCUGAUCAGCAACAACUUUUUCUCAAACAUUACUUGCAACUUCUGAAACACUGUAACAGUACUCGAACUCAUGAGGUGAUGGUAGUACCUCUAGUAGAUAUUCAAAAUAUUGUUGUCAUUUACGGAGAACGUCCGAUUGAAUUAAUACCUGAAUUGAUCACAAAUAUGGAAACUUUGAAGAAUAAUAAGGACGUAUGGGUAAAUUUGUCAAAAGCUGCGUAUUUCGCAAUAACAGGUUCUUUUGCUGGUUUUCGAGAAACAGGGACUGUUCGUACAGCUUCUACAGAUAAUUCUAAGAUACCUUUUGCUCCACCUUUGGAAAGAAUGCGAAUAAUACUCUCGUUAAAAAAUCCUUUGGAUAUUCCCUUGAUUUUGGAAAAUAUUCAUUUGGAAGUAUUAGCUGAACCGACGAUGUAUUUGCAAACUUUUACUGACAAAAUUACUUUAGAACCGAAGUGUGAUUGGAUUCCUCUUGAAUUAUCUGUUGUUCCUAAAAAAGAUAUUGAUAGGAUGCGAGUACACAGUUUGUCUUUUAAUCUCGUAGUUGACGAAAUCAAUGUUACAUACUCGACUCCACUUAAUAUUCGUGGACCGCGAAUGAAUAACUCCAAGAAAGAGAAAACAUCACUCUUAUACGGAGAGGAUUACCGCUUAACUGCAGAAGUAACAAAAGAGCAGUGGCCAUUGGUUGAAAUUGAUUUGCCACUAAAACGACGAUUAAUGGCAUUCUGUGGCCAAAUUUGUCGAUUUAAUUGUGACGUGAGCAAUAUAGGUGUAGUACCUGUGGAAGCUUUUUGCAUAGUUACUGAUCAUCCGGAAUUGAUUUCAGUUUAUGAAGAAGAAUGUCCAGAAAGUAGUACAUUUCGAUCUGUGAAAUGUACUGCAUCUGCUAUAGACGUUGCAGUUGGUGUUUUUAACUUAAAGCAUGGCGCUAUUGCUACAGGUCAAAAGAAAAGAUUACAGUUAGCAGUUCGAGCUCCUACUACGGAGUCUCUUGGACUUAACAUAUUAUUGAUUUGCUAUUAUCGCGGUGAUAAUUGUAUGGUCAGAGAACAGCGACAUGUAAUCAUGAUUGAUGCUCGUGUAAUUUUAGAAACUUCAUUAAGGCUUGUUGAUCGUGCCACUGGUGCAUGCGUUUUGCAGCUCCGUAAUCUUAUACCAAGUCGUAGUUCUUUACUCGCCAAAAUUGAACUAAUUAAAAUACGGUUGUUGAUUGCUCAUUCCAAGAUAAAUCUCACUUCGAAAACAUGCCAAAAUUCUUUACCGCAGAUUUUUCUGCAUCCGUUGCAAAGGCGUCGAGUGGAACUGGAAAGUGAACAAACAGACAGUAUACCAUUUAUGAUCAAUGGACAUGAAGGAGCAGUAUCGUUAUGGUUUUGCGAUGAAAUUGCUGAUAUUCCGGAAUGGUCUAGUCCUCCUGACCGUCCAUCUGAAAUAUUCGAUGCUGUAUCUUCAUCAAAACAAUGUACAGAAGAUGAGAAUACAACAGUUCCUGAACUUGAUUUGUUUUUUGCAGUCCUGUGGAAAGCUAAUGUUGUUAAUAGCGAUGGCACUACCUCUACUGUGUUCGGUGAGAACUUUAUGCCAAACCCAUUUCCGCUUGGUUGUUCGGUGCCGUUUUGUACGCAUCAUAUUCUUCGUCAAUUUUCGAUAGAACAGUCGAGUCAAAAUCUCCUGGAAACAAAACGUAUUUCUUCAGAUAAAAAUCUAUUUGCUUUUAUUUGCAAUAUAUCGACAUCUUCACCCAUAACGUAUCACAAUUUUAGCAAUGAAAGGUCGUGCCAAAUACCAGUGCAGAUAACAGUAACGAAUGAUGAUUUUCUGCAUCGUCGAAGUUGUACAGUAACAAUUCAUUUUCUGGAUCCCACUCUGAUUCGAAAGCAGAUCGUAGAUUCGGGAAGUACCAACGUUCCAGGAUUUCAACCACAAAACACAGCUUCAUCGAGUUCAUAUGCUCAUUCCUCAUUAGUAUUGCAACCAUUGAUUAUAGCUGAUCGUUCACGUAUGCAUGCAACAAUAGCUUUUGGUUGUACUCAGAUUUUUAAUAUCCGACUCACUGUCUACUGUCCGUCGAUUUACGACAUCAGUCGUUUUCAAGCUGUUGGCUUAUUCGAUGGCGAUGAAACCGAAGUGCCUAUAUAUGUACCUCCGACAUAUAUUACUGUGAUUGAUCAACGGGUUUAA